UUGUGUGCGAUCAAAGAACUCCAAGUUGAAGUUAAUCCUCCUUAAUCUGAAGCGGUUGCUUAGUAUAUCAACGGAUCGUAUAGGAUCGGAACGGGGACUGGAUUCGGUGUGGGUGGAGCCUCUGCUCUGGGAAGUGCCUCUGAAGUUCCCCGAAAGCGUUUUCCAUUAUUAUUGCAAUCAUCAUCAUCAUCAUGGAAGUCCACUCCCUGAGGUCGGCCCUGCUGGCGUUUCUUUUGCUGUUGCUGCUGGGGCAUCGCUCCUCCUCGGGCAACGCCAGCCACCAGGUGCAACGGCAGCGAGCGUCUUGGCUGCGCGACAGCAUCGACAUCAAGGACAAGAUCAUCGAGCUGCAGUGCCUGGCGCGUUGCGGUAGCACCACCAGCAGCAGGGCGGAGCGAGAGCGUUGCCUGGACCAGUGCAUCCUCGAGCUGCUGCGGGCACCGCGCGCCGGCAGCUGUCCCCCGCUGGGCAGGCAGACACGGCCGCGACUCUCCUGCCUGGACAACUGUGUCUACGAUCACGACUGUGCCGAUGUGCAGAAGUGCUGUGUGUCCUCCUGCGGGCCGGUGUGCGUGGAUCCGGUGGGGCUGCGGAAUGACACGGAACUGCCGCCGAUACCCCGGAUCCAGUACUUCAAGAUGUCACGCGGCCACAAGGUGGAGCUGCGCAUCGAGUCGUCGCUGCUCGUCUACUACUUCCAUGUGGAGGUGCGCUACCACAUCGGACGAUUCUUUGCGCCCCGCAAACUCGGCCUCUGGCAGUGGCAGAAGGUGGAGAAGAUUAUGGAGACGAACAGUGGACGGAGCAAACUCACGGAUGUCUUCUUCAAUAUGCGACCGGGUCGCUGGUACCAGGUGCGAGUGGCGGCCGUUAAUGCGUUUGGCUUCCGCGGCUACUCCCAGCCCACGCGGCCCUUCUCCUCGGCUGGCAAUCCGAAGCCACCCAAAGCGCCCAACGAUUCUAAGAUUAUAUCAAAGCAGUACGAUGGGCGAUUCAUGAACGCCAAGCUGGUGUGGUGCCCCUCCAAGUCGAAUCUGCCCGUGGAAAAGUACAAAAUCAUUUGGUCGCUGUAUGUGAACAGUGCGGAAGCCUCGAUGAUCACCCAGGACACUUAUGUCAAGGAUUCGCAUCAGUUCGAGAUCAGGAAACUGCUGCCCAACUCCUCGUACUACAUUCAGGUGCAGGCCAUUUCCUAUAGCGGCUCACGACGCCUGAAAUCCGACAAGAAGUCGCUGCUUUUCAACACCACGCUGCAGUCCCUGGAGCCGUAUGCCCCGCUCAAGUGCUCCGGGCACAGCUUUAGGAGCAAAUAUCAUCACAUCAGCAGCAUCAGUACCAGCAGCACGGACAGAACUUCCACGCCGGUCAACAUCAAUGAAGUUGCACCCGUCGUGAAUCGAACCACAGCCGUAGGCAGCGCCGCAGCCACCGCCUCCACCACCACCUCGUAUGAUGUGCGUUUCCGGCUGAACCGGAAAUUUGGCAUGAUUGUGCAGAUUUUUGGAUUUCAGCCACACAAGGAGAAGGUCUAUGAACUGUGUCCCCAGGAAACCAACUGCGAGCAGCGCGAGUUCAGUGCGAUUCGAGCCAAAAAAGAUUCGCUGGAGUUCAGCAAGCUCAAGUACAACACGACGUACGUGCUGAAGGCCCUGCGAUCCAGUCCAAACUCUGUGCUGGAUGAAACGAGAAAUGUCUUCACCUUCACAACGCCCAAAUGUGAGAACUUCCGCAAGAGUUUUCCCAAGCUGCAGAUGAAGUGCGGCGGCGAGUAAGCGGUGGGAGAGAGCUCGCCCCACAGACCAUGAGAUUAUACUAGAUUGUAAAUAAUUGUAUGUAAAACUUAACUUUUUACUUAUUGUUAGACGU